CCCAUGACCUUAAUUCCAUGUGUUUUCAAAACUUUUCUAAACAUUUAUAUUUUAUGACUUUUCUGCCGUUAUACAGUCAUGGAAUGUAAUAUAAAGGUAGAAGAAAGUGGCAGUACGCCGAUGCACAGUAUUGGUACCGAUCCAAAUAAAGGUAACGACACUCAAAAUGGACCGACUUCAAAUUCGAAUCCACCAAGUCCAUAUCGCUUCCCCCCUCCGUUUCCUCCACGGCAGCCAGGACCGCCUGGUUUCAUGAUGCAACCACGUCCAUUCGGACCACCAAUGACUCCACCAGGCAUGGGUCACCCGGGAAUGAUACCUCCAGGGAUGGGACCUCGAUAUGGAAGUCCACACUGGAAUGGUCCACCAAGAGGUUACCCGCCUCCUAGAGGUCCACCCAACUAUAACAACAGAGGACCUCAAGGUCACAGAUCAAGAGGCCCACGUAAUCAAGGUCCAAGAGGACCAGCUACAGGAAAUCAACAUCAGACAGGACAGUUUCCUCCAAAUGGACAUCUGCAUAAUCCAAAUCAACAGGGGGGUAAUCGCUUUAAUAGGCCGAAACAGGGGUCUGGCAAGAAUGACAAAGUCAACAAGAGAGACAAGGCAGAGAAUAACAAUUUCUAUUGUGACACAUGUGACAGAGGCUAUAAGGAGGAAAGCAAGUUCAAGGAACAUACUGACAGUCAUGAACAGUGUCGAGUUGAAGGAUGUAGAUACAUAGCAGCCCCAAAACUGGUUAAAAUGCAUUAUGACUUGCAACAUAGGACAGGGAUGGCCAAGAAGAUCUGGGAAACAGAAUCAAAAGAAGAUCUGCAAAAGUGGAUAAAUGAAAGAAAAAAAAAUUUUCCAACGAAGGCUACCAUUGAGAAGAAAAAGCAAAUAUUAGCUGAGAAGGUUGAGAGAGGAGAGGUCAUUCAAGAACAAUACUUUGGUCAGAUGAGAGGAGGUCACCACAAGCAUCCUCGUGGAGGUCAAGGUCGUGGAAGAGAUCGAGGUAGAGGUAGGGGCCGUGGUCACGAUAGACCUAGUCACCAUAGCAAUCAAUAUAAACCAGGAGAUGACUCUAGGAAAAGACCUGCCCCUGAUGAUCAUCAGGAUGCUGUGGUUGCCAAGGAUCCCAAACUAGACCCAAUGGCAUACAUCCUAGACAAUGAAAAAACAGAUACUAAAUCAGAGACUAAAUCAAGCCCUAUAAAUGACUCUAACAGCACAUUGCCCAGUGCUCUUAGCUCUCUGGUAUCCUCGUAUGGUGAUAUAUCGGACAGUGACGCCAGUGGGGAAGAUGUACCAGUAGAACUUCAAACACACACAGGUUAUGUGGCUUCACAAGUAAUAGCCUUGUAUCAUAGUAUUGGUAACAAAGCGGGGGAUUUGGACACUAAUGGAGGAAGAAUAGAGGAGAAUGUUGGUGGUGUGAAGAAGGAACCACAAGGAGAGCGUGAACAGAAUAAAGGAAGACAGAGGCAUAGGAGGAAAAGAAGGAAAACAAAGAAUGACCCCUCAACCACAAACAAUGUUAAGCAUCAGAAAAGUACACUUUUACAGAAGCUACUAGCCAGAGAAAUAAGACAUGAGAGGAAUGUCCUUCUGCAGUGCAUCAGAUAUCUCGUGAAGAAACAACUUGUCAAAAGACAAAACAAAGACACUCAAAUUAAAACAAUGAACAGUCAAAAUAUAAUUGAUGAUGAAAUAUGGGAAAAUAAUAAACUGUGA